AUUACAUGCAUUUUUAAAUUCUGGAGCUACCAUUCAGUCUACUAACGUUAGCUGGUCUGAUCCCUACACUGUGUCUUGCGUUAGUUAAUAACAAAAAUGUAAUAUCAUUGCAUUGAUUAUGAUAAAUGGUGGCAUGCGAGACGCCAUUUUUUGGCACGCCCACUCCUGUCGUCCUUGAGCUAGGUCUCGUGAUAGCGGUUGUAACAUUACAAGACAGCUGAUAGCAUCUCCAACGUCUCUGGUUGUAUAGCCAUGUUACUCAACCAACGUUAGUUAAAAGAUAAAAAAAAUAAAUUGCAAAUUCAUCUCCACAACCACUAAAGAUGUUGUCUCGUCUGCUGAAGGAGCACCAGGCGAAGCAGAAUGAGCGGAAGGAGCAGCAGGAGAGACGCAGACGUGAAGCUAUCGCUGCAGCCACCUGUCUGACAGAAGCUCUGGUAGACCACCUCAAUGUCGGAGUGGCCCAGGCAUACGUAAACCAGCGUAAGCUCGACCAUGAGGUGAAGACUCUCCAAGUGCAGGCGAGCCAGUUCUCCAAACAAACUGCUCAGUGGAUCAGUAUGGUGGAGGGUUUCAAUCAGGCCCUAAAGGAAAUUGGGGAUGUGGAGAACUGGGCCCGCAGUAUUGAGAUGGACAUGAGGACCAUUGCCACAGCUCUGGAGUACGUACACAAGGGUCCACUGCAGUCUGCUUCCUCAUAAACUUCAUGCUGGGAUGUUCACAGCUGAACCUAAACGCACUGGAAUGAAGAGCCAGUAUCGGCAAAGAUGGAAGCAGCGAUGACUUGGCUCGUCCGCAGAGUGUAGUAAUUCUGACGCUUACUUUGUUCAGUGAACUGCUGACAGUUUGAAAUGGGUCUAACAUCUAUUUAGUGGUGACUUCAAUGAAUCAAUAACAUUCAGGCAGUCUGUUAUUGAACGAUGUGCUAUGUCAGUAUGGAGUUUUGAAGGCGUCGCAUAUAAAAUCUUGGUUCACCUGCUUGUCACAAUUUUUUGCAGUUGUUAAAACACAAUUUCUGAAACAGGCCCACUUUGUUAAAACUAACCGUACAGAAAACGUACACAACAUACAAAAUCAUAUAUAUCUUACAAUAGCAAACACUUCACUCAAAACCAUAAAAACAGGUACAAAACACUAUUAUCUGAAGUCUUUGACAUUUUUAUAACAGAAUCAAACACAAUUUCAUUGAACAUAAUUGUAUUUUUAAGCAAAAUUCGGUAUAUUGCAAUUACUUCCUCUAACUUUCUCUCCAGAAUUGGCCUCUGUUGUUGUGCAAACCAAAGAGCAAACCUGAAUCCUAUUUAUAGUGUUCCAGCUAUGAUUUCUAACUGAUCUCACUGGUUACAGGUGUAUUCACAUGUGCAUUCUGGGUGCAGGCGACUUGAUAAUUAAAUGUGUGGUAUUUCAAUAGCAGUGUUUAGCUAACAACCCACAAAGGCUUUUAGUUUCUGAAAGAUGUGUUUAAUGUCGAUAGCUGUUCAGCUAUUUGCAAAAAAAAAAACGUUUUUAAACUUGGUGUAAAUGAGAAAAUGUGCUUAUGAUUUAGCAUACCUGGUCAAUAUAUUGGCUACAUGAGUCAGGGGUUUCAAUAAUUAUGACCGAAGUACCAGUUUUUGUGUCUUGGUAAUUGAAAAAAAUAUAAAUAUGCAUAAGGGGCCACAGACAAAUUGCCACCGGCCACAAAGCUUCUUUGUAUACAUGUACACAUUGUCGAGCAUCAUUAUUCUGCCUCUGUGAGCGAUCACGAGCCCGAGCUCUGAUCAUAGGACGGCCAUGUUUAACCAAUGACUUGUCUGUGUUUUAGGGCAAUGUUCACUGUCGCACCUUGUACAAUAAUAGCAAGUCAUUAAAUUCUUUCAAGCGUAUGAUUAUCGACCACAGUGAUGUUAGGAGAUACUUGUCUGUCGUAUCUCCUAAAAGCGUUUUAUAGGAAGGCUUCUUUUCAGCACCUGAUACUUAAAUUGUGUGUAUAUUUUAAUGUAUUAUACGUGAUUUACUGUUCUUGUCAGACAACUUCACUGACUUUUGUUCCCGUUGGAACAUUUUUUUUUAAUAAAAUCAAACAAUA